GCGCAUUGGCGGUUAAAUGCCACAUUACCCGCCAGACCAGCGAAAGGGAUAUUUGUCUCGAGAGUUGCAGUUAAAGAGGGAAAAGCUUUGGCGUUUAUCCUGAAAUAACAAUAAGCUUCUUCGCUUUACACGACUUUUACUGCAAAUAGAUCGCCGUCGUCGUGUGCUGAAGAGGCGCACGAUCCCGACUUUCUGAUUCGCUCAUUGUGUAGCCAUGGCAACAGAAGAGAAGAAACCGGAAACUGAAGGCGCUAAAACGCAGUCUGCCUCCUCUGCCUCAGCGAGUCAAAGCAAGUCGACACCAGUAAAGCCAAACUACACCCUUAAGUUCACGCUCGCUGGCCAUACGAAAGCCGUGUCUUCUGUCAAGUUCAGCCCAAGUGGGGAGUGGCUGGCCAGUUCCUCUGCUGAUAAGCUGAUCAAAAUAUGGGGGGCGUAUGAUGGAAAGUUUGAGAAAACGAUAUCUGGACACAAACUAGGCAUCUCUGAUGUGGCCUGGUCCUCAGACUCUAAUCUUCUGGUUUCGGCAUCUGAUGACAAGACCCUGAAGAUCUGGGAUGUCAGCUCGGGAAAAUGUCUGAAAACUUUGAAGGGUCACAGCAACUACGUCUUCUGCUGUAACUUCAACCCCCAGUCAAACCUCAUCGUGUCAGGAUCCUUUGAUGAGAGCGUGCGGAUAUGGGACGUCAAGACUGGGAAGUGCUUGAAGACCCUGCCAGCCCAUUCAGAUCCAGUGUCUGCGGUCCAUUUUAACAGGGAUGGCUCUCUGAUCGUGUCCAGCAGCUAUGAUGGCCUUUGUCGAAUCUGGGACACGGCAUCAGGACAGUGUCUUAAAACACUCAUCGAUGAUGACAACCCCCCAGUGUCGUUUGUGAAGUUCUCCCCCAAUGGGAAAUACAUCUUAGCAGCCACCCUGGAUAACACCCUGAAGCUGUGGGACUACAGUAAAGGAAAGUGCCUAAAGACGUACACUGGCCAUAAAAAUGAGAAGUACUGUGUGUUUGCCAACUUCUCAGUCACAGGUGGUAAGUGGAUCGUCUCCGGGUCGGAAGACAGCAUGGUGUAUAUCUGGAACCUCCAGACUAAAGAGAUCGUGCAGAAGUUGCCGGGGCACAUGGAUGUCGUGAUCUCCACCGCCUGCCACCCCACGGAGAACAUCAUCGCCUCUGCCGCUCUGGAAAAUGACAAGACCAUCAAACUGUGGAAGAGCGACUGCUAAGCUCCAGGGUCCGCAGCUUUUCAACUCCGAGGGAGAACCAUUUAGCGAGAAGGUCCGGCUUCAGAAAGAUGCCGGUCUGUGCGAAAUGGGACAGCAGCUCCCCCCUGCUCAGCGAGGAGCCACCCAGGCUGCCAGUGCAGCCUGAACUUCGUUUGACCCCCAUCAUCUACCGAGAGCCUUAUCUCAACACUGUAAAAUGUGUUUUCUGCUUCAUUCAUAAAAAUGUCGUAACCAAUUUGCUGGGAAUCAGUUGGCUUCCCAUUUAGAACUUUACCGGUUAGCUGGUUGUGAACGUGUUGGUAGUUUGACCUCUAGUAGACUUGCUAGAGCGAAGACCAGCUCCUUUCAGCAAUUCUCUUUUGAUUUGGCUGUACAUAUACCUGAUUUUUAUAAAAACAAUAUAUAGUUAUAUAGUUAAUAUAUAGCUUUGCACUUCUGUGCUUCAGCGGUGACUUCUGACGAGGCUGAUAGAACUCUUUGACUUUCGGUCGUCAUUUUGACCAAUUGGUUUAAACAUCUGGAACUUCGUAGCUUAGUAAAAUACAAUGAGUCUCAGGGAGAGAGAGACGCUCUGUGACUGCAAUGUGGACAGCGACAGUUUGUUUAUCGGAAAUCUCACGCCUCGGCAUAUGUAUGCAAUUCAUUAAGGAAUAUGACUUUUGUGUGCAAAAUGGCUUUCUUUCAAUGGCAUGUAAAAUCCAGAUUUUUUUUUCUCCAUGUCCCUGUGUACAGUUGCUUUUCAGAUGUAUAGCUGAGAAACACCUCUUGCAGCAAAUGUAACUUAAACACAUGGCAGGGGUUUUGAAUCAUCUUUGUCCGCCUAACAUAGUAUACGGUGUACAUUUAUUUAUAGGAUGUGUGAGGUUCAAAGGUUGCUCCUUUUCUAUCGUUAUUUGCUUGAUCUGUUGUGCAGCAGUUGAUCAAAUUUUUGGCUAAAAUGUUUGAUGUGUAAAAACAAACUUUGAUUAAACUCCUUUUAUAUAAAAGCUGUAA